AUGAACUUAACGUUACCAACGUAUAGGCUAGAUUCCAACUUGGUGUUGUUGCCUGGAAUCAUCUACAACGUGACAUUCUCUCGGUUCAAAGCCGCUGCCUUAUUGUCACGUUAUAAAGAUAAGAUUGCAGAUAUCUCGCUCAUUAAGAAUCUUCUCAAUGAAUAUGAAUUCGAUAAAGACGACUACCUAUCACAAGAAGCCGAGAUCAAAUCUGAUGUCGUUACUGUGGCCAAAGUCAUUGGUAUCACCGACGAUGCCAGCAAUGUACGCUUGACACUUCAGGCGUUAAGCAGAGGGAGUGUUGUCAAGAAUGCUUUUGUUGCUAAAAAGAACGAGAGUGUUGUUAAAGUGGACUCCAAUUUGCACGUCGACAACGUCUUUAAAAACCAUAAGAAGUUGAACAGAAACGUCCAGGAAUUGUUUAGUAACAUCGAUAAAUUCCUCAUUGAGUAUCGUCAAGCGUUGCUCAAGUCUAAAACUGAUGCCACCAGAGAUUUACUUGCUUUGAACCCUUUGGCAAAUGCUUUGUAUUUGCAGUUGUCGGGAUCCAAGGACUUCAAUAAGGCCUAUCAAAGCUUACAGAAACUAUUCCAGUCGUUUGAAGCUAACAUGUCUAGCGAUCCUACCAAGUUCGAUCACACGACCUUUUUGAGACUUAUUGACCUAACUUGUGCUAUUAUCCCGUUCCCCAACCACCAUAAGUUGAUGCUAUUGAAUAAAUUCAAAGUCAACGACCGGAUUCUGGAGAUCAAUAAUAUGGUGUCGUCCUUAAACGAAGUCUUCAAUAACCUAUUCAGCAAUAGCAGUUUCGUUAAUCACUGGUUUUUCAACGAAGCUUCUAAUAUUCAAAGAGCCACUGUGGUUGCCAAUCAGUUGAAGUCAAUAAGAAUGGUUUUGGAAAGUAUGAGCAAGAAUUCAGCCAAAGACAAGAAACAGCUUGUUCAUGAAGAGGAUGACGAUGACUUGGGUGCAAUCACGACCUUCAUCAAGAAUAAAUUACCCCAGAUUUCAAGUUUGUCCAGUGACACAAAGAGGUUAAUUGUAAAGGAUUUUAAGCGGAUUAAGUCUUCCAGUCCUGGUAACGCUGACUAUCAUGUGAUCAGAAACUAUCUAGACAUUGUAACCGAUUUACCUUGGGACAAGUUUGUAUCGAAGUUCCAAUCUAACCAAGACAUCGACAUCAAUGCAGCGAAAGCCCAACUUGAUAAAGACCAUUAUGGAUUAGAGAACGUCAAGAGAAGAUUGAUCCAAUAUUUGGUAGUGUUGAAACUCUUGGGAUCAAAUGCCGCUAAAGAAUUCGAGGUGGUAGCCCAAAAACAACAAGAUACCGCCAAGUCCAAUAUUAUCGUUAGUAAGAACAAUAAGUCCCCCAUUAUCAUGUUGGCAGGUCCUCCCGGAAUUGGUAAAACGUCUUUGGCCAAGUCUAUUGCUUCAAGUUUGGGAAGGAACUUCCAAAGGGUAUCUUUGGGAGGUAUAAAAGACGAAUCUGAAAUCAGAGGACACAGAAGGACCUACGUUGGAGCUAUGCCGGGGGUAAUUGUUCAAAGUCUUAGAAAGGCCAGAUCAAUGAACCCCGUCAUCUUGUUGGACGAAAUCGAUAAGGUUAUUGGUGGCUCUUCCAACGCUGCCAACAAGUUCAAUGGAGACCCUUCAGCCGCUUUAUUGGAAGUGUUGGACCCCGAGCAGAACACUUCGUUUACAGACCAUUACCUUGGAUUCCCUAUUGACUUGUCUCAAGUAAUCUUUAUUUGUACUGCCAAUGAACCUCACAACUUAUCCAGGCCUUUGUUGGACCGGUUGGAAAUGAUCGAGUUGACAGCAUACGACUACUUUGAGAAGUUGGUGAUUGGCCAAAAGUAUUUGCUCCCCCGACAAAUCACCAGAAAUGGGUUACCAACCCAGGAUCUCAUUGACAUCUCCGAUGAUGUGUUGACCAAAAUCAUCAAUGGCUAUACACGGGAAGCCGGUGUCAGAAACUUGGAGAGAAAGUUGGGAACCAUUUGCAGAUACAAGGCAGUUGAAUAUUCCAAGUCAUUGACAGAAGGUAUGUACAAUGCCAAGAUCGAUGAAUACGACUUGCCCAAGUACUUGGGAGUGCCCUAUCCCAACAUGUCGAUGGAGAUCUACAGCACCCCCAACCAAAUUGGUAUCGUCAAUGGGUUAUCUUACAAUGGUGAGGGAAGCGGCUCAGUGUUAACGUUUGAGAGUAUAGGUUUCAGCAACCCCGAAAAAGGAGGCUCGUUGAACAUGACAGGUCGUCUCGGCGAAGUGUUGAUGGAAAGUGCCAAAAUCGGGCUCACUUUCAUCAAGCUGAUCAUCUACAAUAAUGCGUUGAGCUUACCCACUGAGGAAAUGGAUCUGUUGAUCACCAAAUUCAAAAACUUGGAAAUCCACUUGCAUGUUCCCAUGGGAUCUAUCCAGAAAGAUGGACCUUCGGCCGGUAUUACCAUGGCCUUACUGUUCUUGUCGUUAAUAUUGGAGAGACCCGUUCCUCAGGAUUUGGCCAUGACGGGAGAAAUCACCCUCCGAGGAAUGGUUUUACCAAUUGGAGGACUCAAAGAAAAAAUCUUGGGUGCCAACUUGAGUGGGAUAAAACGUGUCAUUGCUCCCAGAGAGAACAGAAAGGAUAUAAUUGAAGAGUACGUAAAGGCCAUUAAUGACGAUUCGAAAUUGAAUGCGCUCUUGGCGGAUAACGACAAGAAAUACUACCAGAACGUUGAGCCAGAAACAUACUUUUUCGAUAAAUAUGGGAUUCAGCUCUUCUACGCCCGCGAGUUUUGGGACGUGGUGUCAGUGGUCUGGGGUGAGGACGUCAUCAAAGAACCCACCCGGCUCGUGGAGUAUCAUAUUUAGCAGUAUAUAUUAUGCCAUACACUCAACUUACUAGCCC